AUGAUUUGCAAAUCUGAGGAAGAACGCGACCGUUCGAUUCUUUUAGAACAGACUGCACACUUUGGCGGUGAUGAAUUCACCAGUUCACAACACGUUGCAGCAGACGAGUUUCAACCCCAAGUUCAGCUCAGUUUUCAGACACGUGAGAGUGCUGUUACAAUUCAGCAUUCGAAGACACGUCAAUCGAGUAGAGCAGGAGCCAGCGAUGAACAUUUCUUUCCCGAUGAAAUCGAGACCCCCAUAGACAUUCCAGCUCGCCUUCGCUUUGCUCGGUACCGCGGACUCAAGUCUUUCAGGUCAUCACUUUGGGACACCAACGAGCAGCUUCCUGUAGACUACGAGCGAAUCUUCACUUUCAAGAACUUUAAGAGAGCCACGCUGCUUGCUUCGACGGAAGCUAGGUCACAAGCUAGCAGUGGGCUCGGUAUUGGCACUUUCGUGAAACUGAUUAUACGGGGCAUACCUUCAGUAGCGGCUCGAGGACUCCUUGCAGGCCCCUCGUGGAGUGGCUGGUGUGGCGGUGCUGGGCCUUUCGUUAUCAGCACUCUUAUGCAACACGAAUCGAAGCUUACAGUGAUGCACUAUGGUAUCACAAAGACACCAUCGUGUGACUUUCCGUUGCGAAGCAAGACCCCACUGUGGUUUCACAUUGGAUUCCGCCGUGAACGCGCUUCUCCGAUAUUCUCAUCAGAUGGCAUUGGUGAUAAGCACAAAUUCGAGCGGUUCCUUCAGCAUGGACGUCCUUCUAUUGCUUCUGUAUUUGGACCAGUAGUUUAUCCACCAGCUCCAGUUUUAGCAUUCAGUGAGAAGUCUUUCGCAUCAGGAAUGCCUGCACAGCUGGUAUUAUCUGGAAGUGUGCGUGAGGCUGCCCCGAAUCGUGUGAUUCUAAAGCGCAUAGUUAUAACUGGUGUGCCGCACAAGACACACAAGUCCAAGGCUGUUGUGCGCCAAAUGUUCUUCAACCCAGAGGAUGUUCUAUGGUUUAAACCUCUUGAGCUGUGGACGAAAUAUGGCAUGCGAGGGAAAAUUAAGGACGCAGUUGGCACACACGGAAGCAUGAAAUGCCAAUUUAAUGGUGUCAUUCAACAGAGAGACACGGUUUGUGCUUCUUUGUACAAACGUGUGUUUCCAAAGUUUCUGUGA